AUGAUAAUAGGAAAUUCGUUACGAAGACUGGCUCCUAGACUAAUACAAGGACGCGUUGCUCCUCAUCAUGCCUUAAUACGACGUUCGAUACCGAUGAGGUACAGUUCUUCCAGCCCAUCCUCCUCAACAUCACCACCAAAGACCCCAUGGACGGAAUCGUACAAUAUUUCAAAUACCAUAGAAGAGAUUAACAAAGAACACGAUUUGCUAGAAACUCUCUCCAAUACGCCCACCAACCACGAAGUGAUUCCAAUCUUGGAGCACAAAGACCGGGUCACUGACACUAAUGAGAAGCUGGAUGGAUACAGUGCGGAUCUUCAAACUGAAAAAAAGGUCAUUGAGGAUGAUCUUUUGGACACAUACAAAAUAUACAGUGAGCUGAAAGAGAGUGGUUUUUCGGACGAGCAGGCAGACCUCAUAUUGAAUAUGCUAAUCGAAGCACUUUCGGAGAAACUGGGGUGGCUGGAGAACAAAUUCUCGCCCAAGGUUGAUCUUGAAAAUGAGUCCUAUCUGUUUCAUGCCGCACAAUCGGAGCUUUUGGUGGAGAUUUCAAAGAGCAGAGAUUCCAGCAUGAACGAGCUGACCAAUUCGUCCAUUCAGCUCAAACGACUAUUCAACAGUCUGGAGGAUGAAUUAGCAGUCCAGUACAAUCUGAACGAGAACGCGAUUAAAAUGGACAUCAACCAAUUCAAACAUGAGAAUAACCUACACAACAAGCAGCUGAACUUGAAAAACCAUGACUUGAACUCCAAGAUCACAGGUGAGAUGAUCAGUGGGAUCAAGUCCGAUGUGGAAAGUCUACGUUGGCACAUUACCAUGGCAGGUAUAUUUGCCAUCCUCGUGAUGGUGUUCUCUUUAGUUAGUGGUGGUUCUCUUGCAAGAUUUGUCAGAGGAGAAAAGGAAGAGAAGGAAGAGAAGGAGGAGGAGGAAGAGCUUGCGAGAGAAAAGGCGAGAGAGAUUCUCAACGAAACUAAUACCGGAAACAAUGUGGAUGGGUCCAAUAUCUAUUCCAACAACAUGGACAGCAACGAAAACAACAAUCAAAAUAACCGGAAUAUUGACCAGGGCACUUCUUCCUAG